UGAUAUGGCUGUGGCUGUUUGGAUGUCCGUCCUCAACCACAUCAAGGACAAGCACGAGGGACACAGUGUGCUGUACCCAAAGUGCCAGCACAAUGAAUUGGAGCCGAGAAAAUGGUUGCAACCAGGGACAGAUGCUUAUGACAAGGUGUGCAGCAUCUUGUCAAAUAAGCGUCUUUUGGAAGACAUCAGACAGAUGUCGCCAAACUUUCAGACCUAUGGUGUGGAAUCGUUCCACGCUAUUAUAAACAGAUUCGCACCCAAGUGCUAUGCCUUCUCCUACCACGGCAUCCUGGCCAGGUGUCAGUUGGCUGCUCUGCACUAUAAUGAAAAUGCGGACAGAAUGCAGGCACAUACACAGAGUGGCGAGCUCCGAUGGCAGAUCAAGCAUCCGAAGGCGAGGAAAGGAGAUGUUGUUGCUUGCGCCAUCAAAGAACCACCAUCUUACGGUUACCUGAGCCACCUUCUAUCCGCCGUUGAGGAGCUGGUUACUGCGGGGAGUGCUGGCAGAAGUGGCACUACAUCACAGCCACCACACCUGUCAAGCACCUAUGGUCCAGUUGACAAAGCAGCUAUUGUUGAAGCUCAUGUUUCACGGUUUCAGAUGUAGCUAGCUAGUGAGGAGUAUCUGUGAUGUUGUUGUGUGUUCAGGCCUCUUACACACAGAUAAGAUCUCAUGGCAACAUAGAGGUUUUAAUGUGGACGCGGGAUGGAACUGACGAGCACGUUGCACAAGCGCAUACAUAUGACACACACGUCAGUCUACGUCUAGUGGGUAGUGUCUAUCAGCGCAGCAACGGCACACUCACGGCACGUUGACCGCGAGGAGAUGUUGUCACCGAUGGUCCAGGCAUGCGUCGGGACGAAGGCCCAGUGCCAGGUGGUCUGGAACAUUGCCCAGCACAGUAGCGGCCUAGGAUACCGGCCUCACCGAAACACGUCGAUGCCUGUUGUGCACAGGACCCAGGGCACAAGUCCUUGGUUGCCGCACAUUUGGUCGGGAACGCGGGUCCCACCCAGGCAGCUCAGGCUAGAGCUGUGGCCGACUGACUCGCGCGACAGAUGCUCAUUGUCCUCUUCUUCUGGCGAUGAGACGACAUCCAUGCGAUGAUUUCAGUCAGUUGCUACCACAGUAUCCUAAAUCCAAGGCACUCAACACACACCCGGUUGCCUCUUGAUGCCACCUCACGUACCUGGCCUCUCUUCCAAACUACUUGCUCGUUAUCACAGUCCUUGUCAUAUCAUCGAUGCAACCUAGCCUGUAAUGACGUCGUCGAGCUACUCACAACAUGCCAGACGUGUGUAAUUCGGGGCUCGAGACAGUACACGUGGGCCACCUGAAAUCAUACUACUACCCCGUCAUUCUGCCUGCCCCCUGAGUCGUGAGGAUGACUACGCUUCACACUCAGGGUAUUGUAAGGAAGCAGAAGUGCCCCUAUUUAGACAUUCUAAUGUUAUGAAGAUUACAUUCAAUUCACACUCGCAAUGGACAAAGCGAUAUCGGAAGCAGAGUUUGCAGAAGGUUUUUAAUAAGUGUCGUCACAGCUGUCAAUUUUUUCCCACUUAUGGUACACUUCUCUCACUUCUCCCAACUUUUCAACUAUUGGGACUGUGAUGCAGUGAAAUUCAUUGACGUGACGGUCAUGCUGCGUCAGGCCUGCGUGCUUCAUGUUUAAACGAUUGCAACAAAGGGAGAAAAAACCAACCACAGCACGUGUUCCAUGCACAGAAUGAAAUGAAAUCACUGCGAGCUCUACAAUUAAUGUUUCUUGUUGACAUGCAUGUACUUGCGUAUUAGAGGAGCUCAAAUCAGUGUAAAUUUUUGUUCAUAUGUUUGGCAAUAAUACCGGAUGCUUAUAUGUAUAUAUAUAUAAACAAUAUUUUUUGGGGGAAGCCAGGAAACUCAUUUAAAAAUAUUGUGUUUUCGAAGACAGUGUUAUCGUUUUAAAGUAUGGCUAGUUCAGAAUUUUCUUAAAGGGGUACUGGCACAAAAUUUCGCGGCCAAGAUAGCCUGCUGGAUCGAUUCCUGUGUACGUGCGUGUACCAUCUGCAAAAUAUCGACAGCGAAUAAAGCUUGGAAGGUAUUUUAUAUGAAUUUUGAAGUUCGCGAGCGCAAUCCAGCAUUAUAGGCCGCACCUGGUGCAUUGACACCCUCGGAGGUGACCCAAGGUGACCUCCCUACUUCCCCUACGUAACUGUUGCAGCCAGUACAAGUUAUGAUGACGUCGUAGCCGCCAUUUCUGUUCUGACGCGCUUCCCGACGAAUCGCUCCUCGCCAGCGGGUCAAACCUGAAGUGAUUCGCCGCGUCGAAAAUUCCUUCCAUCCCCGCCGCAAGAAAAUCGUCGCCAUCGAACGACGAUGGGCCCGGCGACGACAGACCGCAUGGAAAUGCGUCACUGUUCUGUGUGCUCACGUGACCAACCGUUUCACUCGCUAGGUGGUGAUAGUUGCACCCGGCGGCUUGUCGUUUUUGGAGCUCUGUCAAACCAAAACUGAGGCUGUGUCGGUAAUGAGGAGCUUGUAAUUAAUUAUCUCAUGAGUGUUGCAGCAAACGAUGUGCCGUGUUAUGACUAACAGGCCUACAGCAACACAUUGCAGCAAAAAA